GCCGCCGCGACGGACAGCCGGGCUCGGCGGCCGCCGGAUCGGACCCCUGCCCCCUCCGCUUCGUGUCCCCGGCGCUGGGCGGCCGGCGAGUCUGGAGCCCGCGCCGUCGCCGGCCGCGUCCCCCGGGCAUGGAAGGAGGCGGCAAGCCCAACUCGUCGUCCAACAGCCGGGACGAUGGCAACAGCGUCUUCCCCACCAAGGCGCCCGCGACGGGCGCGGGGCCUGCCGCGGCCGAGAAGCGCCUGGGCACCCCGCCGGGGGGCAGCGGGGCCGGCGGGAAGGAGCAGGGCAAUUCCGUGUGCUUCAAGGUGGACGGCGGCGGCGGCGGCGGCGGCGAGGAGCCGGCCGGGGGCUUCGAGGACGCCGAGGGGCCCCGGCGGCAGUACGGCUUCAUGCAGCGGCAGUUCACCUCCAUGCUGCAGCCCGGGGUCAACAAAUUCUCCCUCCGCAUGUUUGGGAGCCAGAAGGCGGUGGAGAAGGAGCAGGAAAGGGUUAAAACUGCAGGCUUCUGGAUAAUCCACCCCUACAGCGAUUUCAGGUUUUAUUGGGAUUUAAUAAUGCUUAUAAUGAUGGUUGGAAAUCUGGUCAUCAUACCAGUUGGAAUCACAUUCUUUACAGAACAGACAACAACACCAUGGAUUAUUUUCAAUGUGGCUUCAGAUACAGUUUUCCUUUUGGACUUGAUCAUGAAUUUCAGGACUGGGACUGUCAAUGAAGAUAGUUCUGAAAUCAUCCUGGACCCUAAAGUGAUCAAGAUGAAUUAUUUAAAAAGCUGGUUUGUGGUUGACUUCAUCUCAUCAAUCCCAGUGGAUUAUAUCUUUCUCAUUGUAGAAAAAGGAAUGGAUUCAGAAGUUUACAAGACAGCCAGGGCACUUCGCAUUGUGAGGUUUACAAAAAUUCUCAGUCUCUUGCGUUUAUUACGACUUUCAAGGUUAAUUAGAUACAUACAUCAGUGGGAAGAGAUUUUCCACAUGACAUAUGAUCUCGCCAGCGCUGUGGUGAGAAUUUUUAACCUCAUCGGCAUGAUGCUGCUCCUGUGCCACUGGGAUGGCUGUCUUCAGUUCUUGGUACCACUGCUGCAGGACUUUCCACCAGAUUGCUGGGUGUCUCUAAAUGAGAUGGUUAAUGACUCUUGGGGAAAGCAGUAUUCAUACGCACUCUUCAAAGCGAUGAGUCACAUGCUGUGCAUCGGGUACGGAGCCCAGGCCCCAGUGAGCAUGUCUGACCUCUGGAUCACCAUGCUGAGCAUGAUCGUGGGAGCUACCUGCUACGCCAUGUUUGUUGGCCACGCCACAGCUCUAAUCCAGUCUUUGGAUUCUUCAAGGCGGCAAUAUCAAGAGAAGUAUAAGCAAGUGGAACAAUACAUGUCAUUCCAUAAGUUACCAGCUGAUAUGCGUCAGAAGAUACAUGAUUACUAUGAACACAGAUACCAAGGCAAAAUCUUUGAUGAGGAAAAUAUUCUCAAUGAACUCAAUGAUCCUCUGAGAGAGGAGAUAGUCAACUUCAACUGCCGAAAACUAGUGGCUACAAUGCCUCUUUUUGCUAAUGCGGAUCCUAAUUUUGUGACUGCCAUGCUGAGCAAGUUGAGAUUUGAGGUGUUUCAACCUGGAGAUUAUAUCAUACGAGAAGGAGCUGUGGGUAAAAAAAUGUAUUUCAUUCAGCAUGGUGUUGCUGGUGUCAUCACAAAAUCCAGUAAAGAAAUGAAGCUGACAGAUGGCUCUUACUUUGGAGAGAUUUGCCUGUUGACCAAGGGACGACGCACUGCCAGUGUUCGAGCUGAUACAUAUUGUCGUCUUUAUUCGCUUUCUGUGGACAAUUUCAAUGAGGUCCUGGAGGAAUAUCCAAUGAUGAGAAGAGCCUUUGAGACAGUAGCCAUUGACCGACUAGAUCGGAUAGGAAAGAAAAAUUCAAUUCUUCUGCAAAAGUUCCAGAAGGAUCUGAACACUGGAGUUUUCAACAAUCAGGAGAACGAGAUCCUGAAGCAGAUUGUGAAACACGACAGGGAGAUGGUGCAGGCCAUCGGUCCCAUCAGUUACCCUCAAAUGACAGCCCUGAAUUCCACGUCUUCAACUACCACCCCGACCUCUCGCGGGAGGACGCAAUCUCCGCCGGUGUACACAGCCACCAGUCUGUCUCAUGGCAACCUGCACUCCCCCAGCCCCAGCACACAGACCCCCCAGCCGUCGGCCAUCCUCUCGCCCUGCUCCUACGCCACUGCGGUCUGCAGCCCUCCCGUUCAGAGCCCGCUAGCCACUCGAACUUUCCACUACGCCUCCCCCACUGCUUCCCAGCUGUCACUCACUCAGCAGCAGGCACAGCAGCCACCGCAGACCAAGCAGCAGCCCCAGACUCCACAGACACCCAGCAGCUCCGCACCGAAAAACGAAGUGCACAAGAGCACGCAGGCGCUUCACAACACCAGCCUGACCCGAGAAGUCAGGCCCCUCUCGGCCUCGCAGCCCUCGCUGCCCCAUGAGGUUUCCACCCUGAUUUCCAGACCACAUCCCACUGUGGGCGAGUCCCUGGCGUCCAUCCCUCCACCCGUGACCACGGUGCACGGCUCGGGCCUGCAGGCAGGGAUCAGGGGCACGGUACCCCAGCGGGUCACCCUGUUCCGACAGAUGUCAUCGGGAGCCAUCCCCCCCAGCCGGGGAGUCCCACCGGCACCCCCUCCACCAGCAGCUGCUCACCAGAGGGAGUCUUCCUCAGUCUUACAUACAGACCCAGAGACAGAAAAGCCAAGAUUUGCUUCAAAUUUAUGAUGCCUGCUGAUUGUCAAAGCAGAAAGAAAUACUCUAAUAAACUGAGAAUAUUCUCAGAUCUUAUUUUAUUCUAUCUCCUGAUAGAUCCCUAUAGCCUACUAUGAAGAGAUAUUUUAGACAGCUCUGGCCUACAUGCAAAAUGUAAAAAAUAUAUAUAUAUACACACAUAUACUAUUAAAUCUAUAUCUAAAAAUCUCAAGAAAAGUUCAAAAGACUUGUUUAGCAUUCAGUGUUUUAUGUCUUCCUUUCUUUAAAUCAUUAAAGGAUUUAAAAUGUUGUUGUAAGAUUAUUUAUUUUUAACCUACUUUUACUUAAUUCCUUUGAUAUAUGUAUUUCUCUAUUUUAUGAAGAGUUCUUGGAUUCAAUGGAAGCAAAACUGAUUUUAAAAAGGCAACUCAAGUGAGCUACUAAACAGCACCAAUCAAAACUUUUCUCAUUAGCAGUGUCUCUGCAUCUAAAUUGUUAAUCAUCAGUUACGGAGGAUUAAAUAGCAAGUCCCAUUUUCUAGAUCUAAAUUGUAUUUUGGUGCUUUGAAUUUUGAAUUAGGUUAAAGAACACACCAUAUGCUUGGCCAUGGUAGGAGACCAGCAUUGACGCUGUUAUGACUGUCUCUAACCACAAACAUGUCCAUCGAUCUUUCAGAAAGCUGAGGGGAUAUUUCUCUUCAUGUGUUAUCGGACUUUUACCAAGACUCAAUCAAUGUUAGUUGUAAAUAACUUUUUCAACCCAAACAAAGAUAGCUAUUCUGUGCUGUGUGAAGGUAAAAGUCAUCGUUUAAGAAUUUAGUUUUAUUGCUUCACUUCAAAACUUAGAGUUUUAAAUUUUACAACACCUAAUUGUGACAGUUAGUCAACUGUAAUGCAAUGGCUUGAAACCUACAAUAUUAUUUUAACCUGCAAUGUUUUAUGCAAAAUUGUAUGCUCGAUUCUACAAAUUGCUUGUAUUACACCAAAAAUCAUUACUUUUCUUCCUUCUUGCCAUAAUCAAGCAUCUGAAAAUAAUCCCUGCAUGCUUUUUGGAAAAAAAGAAAAUACAUUCAAAGCAGUCAUUGUAGGGAAAGGCUUACAGUAUUUCUCAUUUCUGGAAAAGUAUAACCAUUCAUUAAUUGCCUAUCUUAAAAUUCCUAUAAGGCUGACUUGGAUCUCUGACUUAAGUAUAGAAGUGAGGUUUUCACUUUCAUUUAAUGUUAUUAUUAUUAUUAUCAUCAUUUAAAUAAUGAUUUGUAAACCACAGCUUGAUUUGGAGUUGCCAGUGUGUUCUGUGUCUUCACUGUAAUUGGUAGUUUACUGCGGUGUUAAUUUUAAAAAAUAAAUACACUAUAGCAUCAUA